AUGCGAGUAUGUGAGCGUGAGCAUGCUAUGUCAAGUUAGUGCAAAAUGGAUGAGGCUAGGCUGCUCUUGCUGCGCUGAUUUUUUUCUUAAAAGUUGAACCGUUUUUGAAUGAAAACAAGCAAAACAACUUUAAAACCAAGAAAAUGGAGUUACUUUACAACCUGCAAAGGAGAUCUUCAGGUCUAGGCUUUAGGAAAAACAGGGACGUGUGCAUACCACGACUUGUAAAUUUUAAAAAUGACACGCACCAGAGAUCGAUUUCUUUCCAAGAAAAUGUUGAAGAGAGCGAAUGUUUGGUAGGCCGAUUUUGUCCUUUCAACCAAAGAGAUGGACUCUACGCCGUCGCCGACGAGCUUGGAUUUGUUUACUUUCAAAGAGUUGCCGAGAAGAAGAAACCAGAGCGGUUAGAAAACCGAAUCAACUUGCACAAUAAUGCUAUUUUCGACCUUCAAUGGUUCAAAAGCCGAAGUGGAGAAAUAUACAUAGUGACAGCUUCAGGUGACAAAACGGUCAAAAUCGCCAACUUUGCGAGGCUUGAGGACCAGACCAUUCUCACUGAGCAUCAGCAGUCAAUCAGGACUAUCUGCACUCAUCCAGAUCAGCCGGGAUUUUUGGCUUCCUCUGGCAGAGAUGGUAAUAUUGUGAUUUAUGAUGACAGGAGUCCAACCUACCAAGUGUCCAAUGUGAUUGUAAACGCCCACAUAGAAAAAUGCAGAACAAAAGGGCCAGUGACUGUCAAGGCUAUCAACAAAAGUGUCACAGCUCUAGCCCUUAGAGACCCAAACACUCUAAUUUCCGGUGGAUUUACUGACGGAACCAUUAAAGUUUGGGACCUGAGACGAACCUAUUUGAAGAACGUAGCCAAGCAACCUCUUCCUCUGCACGUCUUCAAGGUGGGCGCCACGGUCUCUAGUCUCUCAGUCACGGACUCACUGUUGUAUGCAAGCUGCUCAAACCACUCAAUUUACUGCUUCAACGCCAACACGUACAAUUCAAACCCAGUUUGCAAAUUUGUGGGCCAUGACACAAACUCUGCGUACAGUUCGUACAUGCAUGCCAGCGUUAGUGACUGUGGCCACUAUCUCGCCUCGGGUUCUUUUGAUGGCAGCAUUUUCCUGUGGUCGACCCAGCUCGACCGGUGCAUAACUGAGCAGGGAGAGAAGUACCCUCAGGUACACCCUGUGGCCCGCCUUGUUGGCCACGAGAAGGAAGUCACCUGCGUGCAAUUUGGAACUGUGACUGAUCAGCUAAUGUUAUUGAGCCUCAGUGACGACAAAACACACAGAAUCUGGCGGCCUACUCCUGUCCUAGACAAGACUGACGAAGAAAACCCAAUUGAAGGAAAGACUGAAAUUAUUCAUCACGGAUUUUUCGCCUCUCAGAGCAUGCGAAUAGCGAGUGAACCUCCUCAAGUGAAGUGCCGCCUGCUGAGGCCAUUCCCCUCCUUCGUACACGAACCCGAGUCUGUGAUUCACCAAUGCUCGCCAAGAGUUCGAAAAUGCAGCACCAACUGGCUCACCGCACUUAGCCCGCAGAACUCGUCGCCUGGCUCAAGUCCGGCCAGCGCCAGCAGAUCGCGUGCAAAGGUGAAAAGAUCACUGAGCACUGACAGAAAGUCAGCAAAGAGACUGAAAAUGUCAAGUCCUAUAAAAGGCUAUAUCACAAUUCAACCUAAAGCUCACUAAAGCUUUAACGUAAUAUUUGUAAAUUGACUUCUGAUUUUAUCUUAGUGAAGCAUGCGUUAAGGAAAUAAAAAUAAUUUCAUGUAAU